AUGCUGAGCCGUGCCAGGGUGUUUGCCGACGUCAAUGUCAAACGACCGGCCGAGUACUGGAAUUACGAGGCGCUGAAUAUCACCUGGGGGUCUCAGGACGAUUAUGAGGUCAUCCGAAAAGUUGGGCGAGGCAAGUACUCCGAGGUUUUCGAGGGCGCACACGUGGUGAGUGGGCAGCGAUGCAUCAUCAAGAUCCUGAAGCCGGUGAAGAAGAAGAAAAUCAAGCGCGAAAUCAAGAUCCUGCAGAAUCUCGCGGGGGGGCCCAACGUCAUCAAGCUGUUGGACGUCGUGCGGGAUCCCCAAAGCAAAACGCCGUCCUUGGUCUUCGAGCACAUAGACAACACAGACUUCAAAGCGCUGUACCCAACUCUGACGGACCACGACAUACGGUACUACCUGUACGAGUUGCUCAAGGCAUUGAGGUUCUGCCACUCCCAGGGCAUCAUGCACCGCGACGUCAAGCCGCACAACGUGAUGAUCGACCACAAGAAGCGCGAGCUUCGCCUCAUCGACUGGGGCCUCGCGGAGUUCUACCACCCGGGGAAGGAGUACAACGUGCGGGUCGCGAGCCGCUACUUCAAGGGCCCAGAGCUCCUGGUCGACCUGCAGGACUACGACUACUCGCUCGACAUCUGGUCGCUCGGGUGCAUGUUUGCUGGCAUGAUUUUCCGCAAGGAACCCUUCUUUUACGGCCACGACAACUACGAUCAGCUCGUCAAGAUCGCACGCGUCCUUGGCACCGACGAGCUGGACGCCUACCUCGCGCGAUACGGCAUCGAACUGGACCCUCAUCUCGAGGCACUGGUCGGGCGCCACUCCCGCAAACCAUGGUCGCGCUUCGUCACCCAGGAGAACCAGCACUUGGUUUCACCCGAGGCGAUCGAUCUCCUUGACCGCAUGCUCCGCUACGAUCACCAAGAGCGGGUGACGUGCGACGAGGCGAUGGCGCAUCCCUACUUUGAUGUUGUACGGGUGCCACCGGGCCCCGCGGGCCAGCAGACGAAGGACGGGUCGAUCGGAAACGCCACGGACAAUCAAUGA